CAACGUGAGGAUAUUCAUGAGAAAAUAAGUGAAAGUGAAAAGUUGAUGCAUGAAAUGAGCCAAACAUGGGAACAGAAACUUGAGAAGACUGAGCGGCUUCAGCAGGAACGCCAACAGGCCUUAGAAAAAAUGGGUAUAAGUGUUCAGGCCUCAGGCAUACAAGUGGAGAAAAAUAAGUAUUAUCUUGUGAAUUUAAAUGCUGAUCCAUCUUUGAAUGAACUGCUAGUAUACUAUUUAAAGGAACGAACACUUGUUGGUGCGAAAGGAGCUGAAUCAGAACAGGACAUUCAAUUAUCUGGUUUAGGCAUUCAACCAGAACAUUGUGUAAUUGUGAUUGAGGAUGGCGGCCUCUUCCUAGAACCUAGAGUUAAUGCCCGUUGUUUUGUCAAUGGUGUACCAGCAAUGGAACGUACUCCAUUACACCAUGGUGACAGAAUACUGUGGGGAAACCAUCAUUUUUUUAGAGUGAAUUGUCCCAAAUCAGCUUCUGCUACUUCCUCAGAGCCGCAGACUCCAGCUCAGCCUAUUGAUUAUAACUUUGCAAGAGAAGAACUUAUGUUGAAUGAAAUGAAUAAUGGUCCAAUUCAGUCAGCAAUUGCUCGUCUUGAACGACAACAUGAAGAAGACAAGCAGGUGGCAUUAGAAAAACAACGUCAAGAAUAUGAAAGACAGUUCCAGCAAUUAAGAAGUAUUAUGUCUCCGUCAACACCGUACUCUCCAUAUGUUCCUUUUGAUCCUAUUCGAGUUGGAAAGAUUACACCAAAUACACCUACAACUCAAAUGAGAGUUGAAAAAUGGGCUCAAGAAAGUGAUGAGAUGUUUAAAAGAAGCCUGGGUAACCUGAAAGCUGAUAUUGUGAAUGCUAACGCCCUGUGCCAAGAAGCUAAUUUUCUAGCUGAAGAAAUGGGUCGGCAAACGAAAUUUAGUGUCACACUGCAAAUACCUCCAGCAAAUUUAAGCCCCAACAGAAGAAGAGGAGCUUUUGUCAGCGAACCUGCUAUUUUAGUUAAACGCAAAAGAAAAGGAAGUCAAGUUUGGUCCAUGGACAAACUUGAAAAUAAACUCAUAGACAUGAGAGAACUUUAUGGUGAUGGAAAAGAGCAUGACCAGGAUGAUGCUUCUGAUCCAUUUUAUGAGUACUCAGAAAACCACAAUCUUAUUGGAGUAGCAAAUAUCUUUUUAGAGGUACUAUUUCAUGAUGUAACUUUAAAUUACCACACUCCUAUUAUUAGUCAACAAGGUGAAGUUGUUGGACGCCUUCAGGUGGAAAUUAAUAGAAUAUCUGGGACUUUUCCUCAAGAUAGAACUUGUGAAGCAGGUUCUGAAUGUUCUGGGGACAGUGGCAGAGACGAUGAAGCAGUUCAUGGUUCUUCAACAAUCACUUGCAGAGUAUCCAUUAAACAAGCAACUGGACUUCCACCAUCUUUAUCUAACUAUGUAUUCUGUCAGUAUUCAUUUUGGAACCAUCCAGAUGUUCAAGUGGUAACUGCUGAUCCUUCAACAUUUACCUUCAACCAUGAGCAAAACUUUACUAUUCCUGUCACUGAAGAAUUCAUUGAGCAUUGCUCAGAAGGAGCCUUGUCAAUUGAAGUUUGGGGACAUCGUAGUGCUGGUUAUACUAGAACUAAACCCGGUUGGGAAGUUGAGCUUCAAUUGGCUAAAGCUCGAUCAUUAGCCGACAGGUGGAGUGAGCUCACAAGAAAAAUAGAAUUGUGGGUGGAAAUUCAAGAACUAAAUGAUGCUGGAGACUAUGCUCCUGUUGAAGUCAUUCCUCGUGCAGACAUCCAGACUGGUGGUGUCUAUCAGUUACGUCAAGGUCAACAACGACGAGUUCUUGUGGAAGUGAGACCUGUGCACAAUUCUGGAACCCUUCCUAUAAUUUGCCAAUCCAUUAUUAGUAUUGCUGUGGGAAGUGUUUCGAAAAGGUCUAAAUUGCAAAUGCCUCUUGAUUCCUACCAAGAAGAGGAUCUAGCUGUUCUAAGAGAGAAGUGGCAAGAGGCUCUUUUGCGAAGGCGACAGUAUCUUGAUCAGCAGAUUCAAAGACUUAUUAAUAAACAAGAUAAAACUGAGGAAGAUGUUGAACGAGAGCAUAGCCUUGUCAGUCAGUGGGUCAGUUUGACUGAGGAACAAAAUGCUGUUCUUGUACCUGCAGCUGGAUCUGGUAUACCAGGGGCUCCUGCUGAUUGGGUUCCUCCCUCUGGCAUGGAAACUCACAUGCCAGUGCUAUUUUUGGAUCUUAAUGCUGAUGACCUCUCCACAAGUCAGUCUGGUGAAGAAGUUCCCACCACAGGUGUAAAUUCUAUUCUUCCAAAGGAGCUUGGAAAUAAAUUUUAUAGUCUACCUAUCAUUCGAAGAAUGGAAAAAGAGGUCUGUGCAGUGGCUGCCUGGGACUCCUCAAUUCAAGAUAAUGUCCAUUUAAAUAAAGUCACCGAAGCAAAUGAAAGAGUCUACUUAAUUUUAAAGACUACAGUGCGACUCUCCCACCCAGACCCCAUGGAUUUGGUACUAAGAAAGCGUCUUAGUCUUAAUAUCUAUAAGCGCCAGUCACUGACUGAACGUAUUCGGAAACGGAUUGUACGAACUGACUGUUUGACACGUUCUGGUGUGACUUAUGAAUUGGUAUCAAAUAUUCCAAAGGCAAGUGAAGAGCUAGAAGAGAGAGAAUCUUUGGCACAGAUUGCUGCCUCAGGAGAAGAUACCUCACUUAGUGAUGGGGAAACAUAUAUUGAAAAAUACACCAGGGGUGUCAGCGCUGUUGAAAGCAUUCUUACUCUUGACAGACUAAGACAAAAUGUGGCGGUUAAAGAACUACUUCAUACUCAAGGGCAACCUUUGUCCAUGAGGAAAACUUGCAGUGUUCCUAAUUUCUCUCAGAUAAUGAGAAUGGAUUCAGAUGGAAAUGUAGCACGUUCUGAAAGUUUUACUGACCUUGCUGACGUUUUGUCCGGUGGAAACUUCAGCAUCAGAGAUUCACGUCCUAUCAACCGCUCCAGUCUUGGUGGAUUUGUGCGAAGCGCAUCAGAAAGUGUGGACUUAGCUCAUCUUGCUUCAUCAAGUGGAAAACCAUUUGGAAUUGGCUCCAUUCUGUCAGCACGUCCCACCUUCCUCAAUCUCAACAUCAAUCUUAAUGCAUUGCGGCUGCAACCUGGAUCUAAGUCCUCUCCAAAUACCAAACUAACCACACUUCAUGAAGAACAAAUGGGGUCUUCAACUGCCCUUGAUUUAUCUCCCCGUGAAGAGGAAGGUGAUGAAGAUGAUGAAGAGGAAGUGAGCACCAAAACACAGGUUUUAGCAGAGGGACGUAUUGAAGAGUUAAGUUCAGGUAGCCAACUUCCACCUAGUCAAGAAAUGGGGCAGCAAGGCACCGAAGAUGUAACUGACUUAGAAACAUAUGACCCCAUGUUGGAGUCAACGGCUGGGGGGGAAACUUUAAUUGAUGCUCCCUCUGAUGUAAGUGUGGAUCAUUAUGAAGAUGCAAGUAUGAGGGAAGAAAGUGUUGAAGAUGGCAUUGAAGAUAUUAAAGUGGAUGUAAAGCAGGAUCACUCUUCUGAUGCUGGGAGCAGUGAAAAUUUGUUGGAAGCUGACAUUGGCACAUUGAGUGAACCUGAACUUGAAUCUUACCAGGUUAAAUCAUGUAGCUUAGACCAAAAAGUUUGUAAAGUAAUUCCAAGUUCCCGGACUCUUGAUUCUAUUGUUGAGCUGCAAUCAGGAAAAAUUUGGACUCCAAGCUCUAGUUCAAGCGGCUAUGGUUCACAAGCUGUAUCUUCAAGCAACCUGUCUAGUGAAGAUUCGGUUUCCAUUAAAAGCAUCAGUGCUGAUGACACACCUGACACUGAAUUAGCUCGAGGGCCAUUAUUUAUUGAAUUACCACCUGUGUCAGAGGUUUUGCCUGUGAACCUAGUGAAAUCUGACAGUAUUCAGUCUGAUACUGUAGUGUCACCAUGCCCAGAAGAACCCCAAGAGCAGGAGACAGUACCUUUGAAUAUGCUGGAUGUUGGUGAUACUGAUCUGACAGCUGCCACCCAGGCUGGACAUUUAAUUGAUGAGGACUCCCCUUAUGAGGGAACUUCAGUUGUCCACACUGCUUUACCUCCAGGAAAGGUGGUGAGAAGGAAAAAAACACCAAAUCGAGUAACCAACCAAAAUAAUAGAGCUUCAUUUCCCCUUGCCAAACAUCAGUCACCAGAAAGUAGCCUUUCUCAUAGUAUGAAUGGUGAUAAGAACUCAAGUUUAGAAAAGCUGUCUGGCGAUGAUGAGAGUGAUAUGUAUGGCUCACGGAGAGACCUAAAUCAAGUACCUGUCCCAGAUUGGGUGCUCAUUGGUGAAAGUGUGAUUAUUCGUCCAUACAAUUCAACAGGAGUUGUUGCCUUUGUGGGUCCCACUGAAUUUUCUCAUGGUACUUGGGUUGGGGUUGACCUUGACGCACCCACAGGAAAGAAUGAUGGUAUGGUACAGGCUGUACGCUAUUUUACAUGCCGCCCAAAACAUGGAAUUUUUGUGAGAGCAGACAAACUUAUACAAGAUAGGAGAGGCCGAGCUAUGCGACAUUCCGAUGUAACAGCAAAUUCCAGUACACUUAAGCGUAGCGGAAGUCGUGGUGAAGGACUUUCAACACUUCAUCGGUCUAGAAGUAGAGGAGAAAAUCUAAGCUCAGUAGGAACUACAAGCAGAUCAUCUUCCAAAGGAAAAUAGAUUUGACAUCUAGGAAACCCCCUUUUCUCAGUACCUGCUUGUUGCAGAGCUCUUGUUGCUGCAACUCACGCAAUGAUGGGACUGUUUUGCAUUAGUGAAAACAAUCUAAACCAUACAAUUUCCACUUGAUAAAGCUGAUACAACUUUUAAUCUGCUCAGAGAUGUAAAUCGUGUAUAUUUUAUACUGUCUUGUCUUCAAUUGACACUCUUGCAAUAAUGUUGUAUACAAAGUGGUUUUCUGACAUUUCAGAAUUAAUUUUUAUUAUGUAUUAUUAACUUAAAUAACCUUACUGAAGUUUAAGGGUAGUGGUGCCGUUCCCUCCACAAUUCAUCGGCAGCUUGAUCAGUGUUUUCCCAAUUACAAACCAAAGUGCCCUGCUUACUUGCACUGAGCUGUUUUUGCUGCACUUAGUAACGAUUUUUCAAAAAACAAAGAUAAGAUACAUACAUAGUUUAGUCCGUCCGUUUGGUCCUGUAAACACUGUCCACUCAACUUUUGUGAUAGCAUGCAGGACUUCAUUUUUUUUACAUGGAUUUUUUUCCUUUUUAGUGUUGGUUACCUUAAUUUUUUAUUUUUCUCAAAACUCCUUGUGGGUCAGCCAUAUUUGAGAAAAAGUGUAAAAAUGGGUCCAAUCUCUAUAAUGCUGGGUUACUUUUAUUUCUUCACACCAAUCAAAAAUGUAAUCCAACUAUGGUUUGAGAUUUAUUCAUGCUUACAUAAAUCUCAUUGCGAUUGCUUACUGCUUCUGGUGAUAUUCUAAUUAUCUACAGAGGUAUUCUUUCUGUGUUGGUCAUAGUUCCAUAAUACACAAAUAAUUCUUUAAUUUUUGAAGGCAUUCAUAGGAUUAAAACAGUGGAUAGCAGACCUUUACCCUUACUUUCUCUUAAAACAAUGUCUUUCUUCCGCUGCUCUUGUAUUUUUCUUCCUUGAAUGAAAUGUGCUCUGCCUAACAGUUGCCAAAAUCUUUGAAAUGAAGUGCUGCCUGUACAGGAUUUUUUUUUUUUUUUUUUUUUUUUGUGAUUUAUAAGAGUUGUUUUACUGAAGCAUAGAUGAACUAGGCACCAACAGGACUGUUAUAUUAUGAAUUGAUAUGUAAGUGAUGUACAUAAUUUCUUGUAAGAGUAUUGAGGUAAUUUCUUUCUGGUACAAAUUGUGUUUUUGUUUGGGUUGUAGCAUAGCACAGAAAAGUUCCUUCAUGUUUUGAUGGUUUUGAUCUACAGCAUAUGCACUGCAGUGGCUUUGAUCACAUUUGAGAGUUAAUAUGUACCAGUACUUCAUUGCAAAUUCUAGAUAUGUCCCCUGGGUUGCUUGUUUUUAAUUUUAAUCAGCUGUUGAACUAAGAGAAGUGGUCAAUUUUAAUUUAAUUGUUGACCUUACAUGUACAUGUAUUGCUGUUUUUAGUCAUUUUACAGUGUAGACUCAAUAUCCAAAAGUAAAUUCUAUGUAGCAUGUCUUGCAUAUUCGCAUUUUGAAUCCUAUUCCGUGGUAAAGUGUGAUAUACCUAGUAUGCAAAUUCUAACUUCUGCAUUUUAAACUUUCAAGUGUCCAACAGUUUGUUUCAACUGUGUAAAGCAUGGCUGUGUCGGUGGAGUUUUCUUUUUUUGUCCCAGGUAUGCUUGGCACAAGUCAUUUGUAAGAUGUGAAUAACUAUUUAGCAUACUGUUUCUUUUUAUUUCUGUUUAAAGCUGCCACAGUAAUGAUUUUCUCUGUUUUCCAAUUUGUACAUUUGUGUACACAGGUACUCAAUAGAUAUAGUUUUACUUUGUAUAUUUAAAAGCCCGUGACUUAGUCUAGGAGAGUCAUUUUUAUGCUGUGUGUUAAUUCUCUUUGCUGGAUGCAGUUUGUGUGCAGAACUAGUGUACAGCUUUUUAAACUGAUUAUUAUCUAGUCUUGUCAGCCUUUCUUAGAUACCAAUAAUUUGGUAAUGUUGGGAAAUUUUCCUUGUACUGUCUCAAUUCUUAACUGCUUUUAUGCACUAGUACAAUAGCUAUUUUUUGUCAUUCCUUUAAACAGUUCUGAUUAUUUAAACAUAAAACAUAUAUAUGAUAUUAGAGUGGUCAGUAUAUUUUAGCUGGUACUUACUUCCACAUUUGUGCAUAAAUUUGUAGGUUCUGGCCAAGUUAACAUUACUUUCAACUGUUCGUGUUUCUCAAUGGGUUAGGCUAGAGUAGUGUAGUUAAAAUAGCAGCCCUUCUUUCUAUUUUACAAUGAGGGACAGAGUAUUAGAUGUUAUUACAAAUGAUAAACUGACGAAAGCCAAAUUAUUACCCGCACCAAAAGAUAUGAAAAUUUUGAUGUCUCUUUGAAGUUGAAUGUUUUAAAUUAUCUGAUCCCGGCGAAGAUAUUGUGUAAGUGACAGUCCUGUUGUAUUAGCUUGUCAGUUUACCAAGUGAAGUGAUGUUGCUGAGCCUAGAAUCCAUCUGUUGUUGAGAACUAUAUUCUCCAAGUUUGCUGCUGGAAAUUGUUUGCUGUUAAUUCAUUUUCAUGUACUUUCAGUAAUUAUUUUACGUUGUUUUAUUUAAUUGUAGUUUCAAAGUGGACGGGUUUAAGUAGCAUGUUGUUGUUUUGAUAUGUUAUUUGUUUUGUGUAUUGUUUAAUUUCUGCAUAGGGAGACAUUUCUUGUGUUGGAAGUGGUUUUCUGUGAUAGUGUUUUAUUUACAUGUCUACCAGCAUGUGAACUCCUGCAGGAAAACCAUGCAUUUGAGAAGGUGUAGGAUAAAUUAAUUUACUGAUACAGAACUGUUUACAACAAACACUUGCAUCUUUUCUUAAUUAAAAACUUGAAAUAUUUUGUUACUUUAUUGCAAUGUAAGAAAUCUGGCUGGGCAUAGUUCUAUAUCUUUUACACUUGUUAUGAUUCUGAUACUAUCAGGUUCUUUGAUGUUUUUUUACUCAUUUUUAACUGACAAUGAACAGGCUCCAUUUAAAAACCUAUGAUUCCAUCCUUUCUUUGACUUCUACUUUUAAAAGAGGUUGCCUCUUAUAUUAUUGUCCAUAUACCUGGCACUCCCAUAGUUAUGAUUGAAUGUUUAAAAAAAUUCUUGUAAUAAUGAUGAAAUUCAAGUACUUUUUGAAUGAUUGAGUGGUACGGUAUAAUUUUAAAUCAAGAGUUAUUAAUCAUUAAUUUCAUUCCAAUGAAUUGUGGGUAGUGAUUUUUGUUACGGUUGACCUUUACGCUAUUUUUGGUAUUGUGAUAAUUGUGUCUUGAGAAUGGUUGAAACAUUUUUUCUUUUGUUGAAGUGUUACAAAGUUAAUUGUGCCAUUAGCCCUUUCUGUUGGCAAAGUGAAGUUGCCCAACGUUUAUUUUAAGUUGACCAUGUGGAAAUUUACAAUUUUGUUUUAAAUUGUUGACUUAUUAACAUGUGGUAUUUUUAGUUUUAUGGCAGACUUAAUUAAGAAUACUUUCAAACAAAACAGAGGACGAAUGAGGCACCACUUUUCAUUAACAAUACAAUGGCAUAUCUUUUUUGCCCUCAUGUUGGGUGUGCAUUAUUCUGUAGUGUGACAAAAAUGUGUCAAAAAUCAGGUAGCUUAAACCGAAUGGGAUUGACCUUUACAGUAGAUAAGUUUUUAUUUAAAUUUCCAUUUAGCCCUUUUCAUUUUGAUAUUCAAAUCUAGACACCACCCUGCACUAGAAAAUAGCCCUCCAUUUAAUAGUCUUCUUGUAGAUCUUUAAAGCCAUAAGCUUUGGUACUUGGCUUUAAAUAAAUUUGCCCUGGUUCUGAUUUUGUGACUUGUUUUGGAAGUAUUCAGAACAUAAUACAAAUUGAUUUGCACAAGGAAGUAUCCAUGUACAAAAUGGCUGAUGUCAGAGUCAACAUUUUGUUGGUUGUGUUAGAAAUAUUGUCGUGACCUUAAGCUCUGUUUUAUUUCUGCAGCACGGUAAAAGCUGUCCAGUCUAGCGACAUUUUAUUUUAGUAAUAUUCAGCUGUGAUUAAAAUAUUUUAAGUCUAGGCAUUAUUUAUUAUUUUAGGUGUUAUUUUAAGUGUUACAAACCAAUUGGUAACGAACUUGGAACUAACCACCGUAUUUGCAGUGGUCCUGUUACAAUCUUUAUAAUAAUGUUCCUAUCAAUGUUCCAUUGUGAUGUUGGGAGCACAGGAUAUGAUGGGUGUAUUUUCCCAAUGAGUGCUCUGUAAACUUAUUUAGGAACAACUAACCAUCGUGAAUGAAGAAAUGAGCUCUCAUGAAGGGCCUCUUUAAUCCAUCCCAUACAUUUUUUUCUCUUUAAGUGUGAGUGUGUAUGUGAAAAUUGGAUUGCUGAGUUCCCUGCUUUAAGGUGCUUCACAUCCCAAUUUACUUUCAGUCAUAAAUUAUGUGAGCAUUAAGACGUUUUGUUAUUUGCUGUUGUUUUUGUACAUAAGUUUCAAUACACACCAUUUUAAUGCACUGCUUUGAAAA